GCCAAAACUGCAGGCAGAAGUCAGUUAAAGAUCAGACAUGUUGGUGACGAUUCUGCCAUUUUUCUUAGCGGCAAACAUUGUCGUCGAUGAUCCCCAUCGGGAAUCCGAAUGGGCGAUGUACGGUCCGGAAUGCACUUACGACGUCCUCGUAAACAUGUCUCUGGCCAACAUCGUCCAGGAGAACGAUAACUUUUGCGCCAUGAUCGCCACCGAGCUCAAAUGCCGACUCAAAGGAUACGACAUUCUCAACUGUCGCUUCCAGAAUGCCCGGAUUAAACGGCCGGAUCUGCAGAACGACAGAUGCUCGAACGCGCGGGACUUUGUGCCAACGAGAUACAAAUUUGUGGACGAGGAGCCCUUCGAGAUUCGAUUCAAUUCAAGAGGGAUCGAGAACCUGGUGGUGCACAGAACAAUCCCCCGAUGGAGGCUCGACAUGAUCAAGGUCAUAGUCAGCCAGCUGAACGUCGGCUUCGAGGCGCAGGAGCGUCGCGACAGAUUCACCAUCAUGGAGAAUUCCACGGUCGGCCACUGCGAGGUGGACGUGAAGAUCACCCGCGGCGGCCCGGAUUCUUCCGAGGAGGACGACGAUUCCGUCGAAGGCGAGAACUUCGAGAUCGGAUUAAUAUCGGUCGACAAAGUCGCGCGACCUUCCGCGCUCGAGAGAAUCCAUGUCGAAAAGGCACGCCAGCCGAAGAGAUGUCCGCGAAGAACGAUAUACUUCUUCGGGAAUCAUGAGGAUUACAGUCACGGCAAUAACGAGCUUUACAUGGACAUGACAACUUCCGUGAGCCACCUCACGAUCGCAAGAGAUAAAUUUGUAUCUUACACGAUAUCGGAGGGCGUAAUGAAGACGGCGAACAAAUCGCGGAUUAUGCGACCUCAUCAGAACAUAAAACUGAAAUUGAAGCGAAUAGAUCUCGCACGAUCCUCAGCGCCUGAGAUUCAAGAUCCAGCCUCGACGAGUCUAUUUGCGUUUUCCAAUCUGGAGGCUAUACCGGAAGACGCGUGAUCCAAGCGAUUCAUGCUAUCGGAGAAAAUCGAAAAGAUCGUAUCGCGUCGAGACAUCAGCAUAUUAUUGACAAAUGACAUUCUCCAAACAAAUGACAAUAAAAUAUAUUCUAUAAUACAGCAUUAUAUAAUAUUAUAUAUUUAUUUUUAUUUGUAGUGAAACAUGUAUCAUUGGGUUGUGUAAUAAAUAAUUUCGGAUUUUUUAAAUAGAUCUGUCUAUUUCGAUUUGUCAGGCAAAGCGCAGUUUGAUUGACACAUUAAAUUAAAUAUUCCAUUGUCGAAGUUGUCAUUAAGUUUCAAAACAUUCACGAUUUUUUCACGUUGCGUAAAAACAUGCUGCGUGAAAAAUACAAAAUACUUAUUAUACAAUUCAGUAUAACAAUCAUUAAUGUAUUACAAAAUGUGUAUAAUUGUAAAUAAAAUUAUAUAUCCUUCGUAAAUAUAUUUAUAGUUUACGAAUUAUUAAACAUAAUUAUCUAUGAUUGUCUGAAACGAGAAUGGAUGGCAACGUAUUCCAAUUAAAAUAACUCUUUGAAUAUCGUUUACAGUAUUUCUAGCUAAGCGCUCUAAUUUUAUUGUAAGUGAUUGUUUCAAUUUACAAUGCAACAACUUAUUUGAUUUUACUUAACACUCCUUCAUAAUGACACUUCAGCAACGUUUAACAAAUCUCCGACUAAUAUUUGUUAUUAUGCAAAAAAUGCAAAUAUAUAUUUACCAGACAUGUUUAUUGUUCCCCAAAUAUAUUUAUCAAAAUGUCAAAA